CAGCAUGGCGGCGGAGGUGCCCGCGUCUGCUACGGCCGUGAAGGCGGCGCCGCUCCUGGCGCUGGAGCCGCGGCUGCAGCGCCAGUUCCAGCAGAAAGUGCAGCGGGCCCGCACCAAGCGGACGGCCAAGGAGGAGCUGACGCCCGGCGUGGUGUUCGUGGGGCAUCUCCCGCGGGGCCUCUGCGAGCCGCAGCUCCGCGAGUACUUCGGGCAGUUCGGCACGGUGACGCGGCUGCGGCUCUCCCGGAGUAAGAAGACUGGAGCCAGCAAAGGCUAUGCAUUUAUGGAGUUUGAGUCUGAUGAUGUGGCCAAGAUUGUUGCAGACACAAUGAAUAACUACCUGUUCUCUGAGAGACUGCUGAAGUGUCAGUUUGUGCCUCCCGAGAAGGUCCAUGAGAGCCUGUUCAAAGGCUGUGACAGGAUCUUUCGGCAGCCCUCCCAGCCGGCCGUGCGGCGCUACAACCGCGUGCGCUCCCUGCUGGAGAAGGCCAGGAUGACCCAGCGCCUGCUGCGGAAGGAGAGGCUCUUACGGAAGAAGCUGGCUGAGAAGGGGCUGGACUAUGACUUCCCAGGAUUUGCUGCACAGGCGCUUUCCAAAAAGAGAAAGAAAGUUAAAACAUCCAAGAAAUCAAAACUGAAUGUUUCUUUGAGCAGCCAGGAUCCUACUCCAGUGUGUACUCCAGCAGUGCUCGAGCGCCGGAAAGCUGCUCGGAUGGAUGAUGACACAGAGGACGAUGAAGUAACUCUUAGGCUUCCCUCUGCCAGCGGUAAGAACGCUGUGCAGAGACCAAAGAAGCAGCCAACGAAGGCCAAACCUGAAGAAACAGAAACAGACUUAAAAUUUUUAUGCCUGUAGCCAUAUUUUUCUCAACUUUAAAAACUUUCAAGGUGGAGCUUCUACUGGGUCUCCUGCCCUGGCUUGGUUCAUCCUGCCUAGACUGUUUCAGGCUUUCUUAGGCAAGGACUCUGUUCACAAAUCCUGUCCCUGUGGUUUAGCCAUCAAGGGACAUAUGAAGAUAUCCUUGACUUUGUGCUCACAAGUGCCCGUGCUGUGACACAGCAACAGUAGUCCAGAAUCUUCAGUUAAUUUUAUAACUCUUGUCUAGUGCUCACUGUUUGGAAAGAAAAUGUGAGGCUGUCCAUUCAGAGUUUGCUAAUGCAAGCAACUGUGUCUUAAAUUUGUAAUUAAUUACAGGUUAUUAAAGAAAUUACCAUUUUUCAACUUUC